UAUUCUGGACUGAAUAAAUCAUUAAAAAUGUUGCAUUAAAAUCAAGAACAGAGCUUCAAAUAUUUCAGUGCUCUGUUAUUAUUUUAAGCCGAAUUUGACUUAAAGAAUCUCAGAAAAGAGGGAAAGCUGCAUGCGUGUAGGCUGUGGGAAGCGGUAGCCUCUAGGGCCCAGAGGAUAUGCGGGAGGCAUUUUCUCUGCUGGUGCGGCUGCGAGCGAGCAGAGCGAGAGACCUGGAAAUGAAAGUAAAGAGCUCAGGAGGCACAUGGAGGGAGCUGCAGGGGCAGCCGAUCCACAACCAGAAUGCUCCCUCCUAUAAUUAAAUAGCACUUACUGUUAUUAUUACUUAUAGUAAUAAUACGUUAAUAAUACCUCUAGUAAUAUAAUACCAUUUAUCGAGGAAAGUUAUACGUAGCGUGGGGGAGAGAACCCGAGGAGAGCACUUGUAAUGGAGAGACAGAAGAGAAAACAAGACAUAGAGAAAGGACUUCAGUUAAUUCAGUCUACAUUACCCCUAAGCCAAGAAGAUUAUGAGGCUGUCUUGCAGAAGCUGGUGAAAAACUUGUUUGCAGAGGGCAAUGAUUUGUUUCGAGAGAAGGAUUUCAAGCUGUCGCUGGUACAGUAUGUAGAAGGGCUGAAUGUGGCAGAUUAUGCAGCCUCUGAUGAGGUGACCAUCCCAAAGGAACUCCUGUGCAAGCUGCAUGUCAACCGAGCUGCCUGCUACUUUGCCAUGGGGUUGUAUGAGAAGGCUCUGGAAGACAGUGAAAAGGCUUUAGGUCUUGACAAGGAGAACAUCCGAGCUCUCUUCCGCAAAGCUCGCUCUUUGAAUGAACUUGGAAGACACAAAGAAGCAUAUGAGUGCAAUAGCCGAUGUCUGCUGUCCCUCCCCCAUGAUGAGAGUGUCACGCAGCUGGGACAGGAGCUUGCCCAGAAGCUGGGACUAAGGGUUCGAAAAGCAUAUAAAAGGCCUCAGCAGGAAUUGGAAACGUUCUCUCUACUCAAUAAUGGCACGUCCAUCAAUUUGUCAAAUCAGACCACUUCCAAUGGUUUGGGAUCGAUCGAUGACAUUGAAACAGACUGCUCUAUGGACCUGCAGUGCCUGCCAGCUCCUGUGGCCACUUCCAUCCCCGUGAGUGAGGGGCUGUCCCCUUUGCACUCAGAUUCAGAUGCAAAGGGCCUGCCUAGCUCGCUCCCUGCUGCCAGCCUGCUCCCAUCUCCAGAGUCUGUGUCUCUGCCAGUGCCUGACAGUGUGGAGGACUUCACAGAUGGGGACAUAAUUGGGGAAGAACUGGAUUCCCUCCUGGACUCCCUCGCUGAGGGCUCACCGUACCCUUUAUCUUUGGUCCAGGGCACCAUUCCCACCAGCCUGCCAACAGAGAUGCCCCAGCUGAUCCCCGUGUUUCCAGGGGGAACUCCGCUGCUGCCCCCAGUUGUGACAGCCAGCAUCCCUGUCUCCACCCCGCUGCCGCCUGCCUCCUUUGGCCUGGUGAUGGACCCCACCAAACAGCUCUCCUCCUCCUCUGUCUUGGAUAACUUUGAGCCCCCGCCUGGAGGAAGUGGUGGCUCCACCUUAGAUUCGCUGGAUUCCCUGGACCUGCUCCCCUACACAGACUCACGUCUCGAUGCCCUGGAUUCCUUUGGGACGAGCAGGGGGUCACUGGAUGCCUUGGACUCCUUUGCCAUCGAAGAAAGCAGCCCUCAGGAACUGCGACAUCCACCUGGCAGCCAAAAACCGUCCCCCGUGGUGAGUGAGCCGAUCCCGCAUGCUGAUGUCCCAAGGUGCUCUGGAGCCAAGGUAGUCAGCCUUGGUGGAGUGAGUCACCCAGCUGUGCCCAAAGUCACCGAGCACCUGCUGCCCCAGCCAGAACCAGUAAUAUCCAACACAGCCUUGCUGGUGAAGAACCCUCUAGCAUCCACCCAUGUCUUCAAACAAGCCUGUCACAUCUGCUACCCUAAAACAGGGCCCAAGGCUGGUGAUUACACCUAUCGAGAAGGCUUGGAGCACAAAUGCAAGCGAGACAUCCUGCUGGGCAGGCUGAAGAACUCAGAAGACAAGACUUGGAAGAGGAUCCGUCCUCGCCCAACCAAAACCAACUUUGUGGGAUCAUAUUACCUGUGCAAAGAUAUGCUUAACAAGCAGGACUGUAAGUACGGGGAUAACUGCACCUUCGCGUACCACCAGGAAGAGAUCGACGUGUGGACGGAGGAGAGGAAGGGGACUCUCAACCGUGACCUCCUCUUUGACCCACUAGGUGGGAUCAAGCAGAGCAACCUCACCAUUGCCAAGCUCCUGAAGGAACAUCAAGGCAUCUUCACUUUCCUCUGUGAGAUUUGCUUUGACAGCAAACCCCGGAUUAUCAGCAAAGGGACCAAGGACACGCCAUCUGUCUGCUCCAACCUCUCUGCCAAACACAGUUUCCAUGACAACAAGUGUCUAGUCCACAUUGUGCGUUCCACAUCCUUGAAAUACUCCAAGAUCCGGCAGUUCCAGGAACACUUUCAGUUUGAUGUGUGCCGGCACGAGGUGCGCUAUGGCUGCCUGCGUGAGGACAGCUGCCACUUUGCUCAUAGUUUCAUUGAGCUCAAGGUCUGGCUUCUGCAGCAGUAUUCAGGAAUGACCCACGAAGAAAUUGUUCAGGAAUCUAAGAAGUACUGGCAACAGAUGGAGGCACAUGCCAGCAAACCAACCAACAGCAUGGCUUCUCCCCGGGCUCCCACAUCGAGCACCUUUGACCUCCAGAUGAAAUUUGUCUGUGGCCAGUGCUGGAGGAACGGACAACUGGUGGAGCCAGAUAAAGACCUCAAGUACUGCAGUGCCAAAGCCCGCCACUGUUGGACAAAGGAACGUCGAGUUCUGUUGGUGAUGUCCAAAGCGAAGAAGAAGUGGGUGUCUGUCCGACCACUGCCUUCCAUCCGCAACUUCCCACAGCAAUAUGAUUUAUGUAUCCAUGCACAAAAUGGCAGGAAAUGCCAGUAUGUGGGCAACUGCUCCUUCGCCCAUAGUCCUGAGGAGAGAGACAUGUGGACCUUCAUGAAGGAAAAUAAAAUACUAGAUAUGCAGCAGACCUAUGACAUGUGGCUAAAGAAACACAAUCCUGGGAAGCCUGGAGAGGGAACACCACUCACUUCGCGAGAAGGGGAGAAACAGAUCCAGAUGCCCACUGACUAUGCUGACAUCAUGAUGGGCUACCACUGCUGGCUCUGCGGGAAAAACAGCAACAGCAAGAAGCAAUGGCAGCAGCACAUCCAGUCAGAGAAGCACAAGGAGAAGGUCUUCACCUCAGACAGUGACUCCAGCUGCUGGAGCUACCGCUUCCCCAUGGGCGAGUUCCAGCUCUGUGAAAGGUUCCAGAAGAACAAGGCCUGCCCCGAAGGAGAAGAAUGCCGCUAUGCCCACGGCCAGGAUGAGCUGACGGAGUGGCUAGACCGGAGGGAGGUGCUGAAACAGAAAUUGGCCAAAGCGCGCAAGGACAUGCUGCUCUGCCCCCGGGACGACGACUUCGGGAAAUACAACUUCCUAUUGCGGGAUGGUGUAUAGUAAGGGCCGGGGGGGGGAGGGCCUGUUGGCUGGAGAAAUGCUGGGCGGGUUUUCCGAGUGAGGCAGUAGCAGGGCGAGCAAAAUCCGUGUCUCGCAAAGAGAACUUUUCCUUUUCUUUCGUUUUAAGAUUUUUGAGAUGAUGAUUUAUUAGUGGUGAAUGAAAACGUGAAUUUGAUUCCUCCUUGGCCAGCGAAUGCCAUGUUCACCAAGUUUGUGGUCCAUCUUCUCUCUGUUUUUUUUCCCCCUAAAUUCUCCUUUCUCUCCAUCUUUUUUUGUUCUCGCUGUCCUUCGUUUAAAGGAAUGGAUCCGGUCUGUACUGGGAUGUGAAUGAGAAUUUCUCCUUAUCAUUCCCCUGCCCUUCAAUUGGGACUGUGGCUGCAGAGGUCAGGAAGACAGAGCUGAAAGGGCUGGACAUCUGCUGAAAAGGGGACCAUGAAGUUCAUGUGCUCCUUUUCUCAGUGCUGCAGAGCAAGCCUCACAACUGGGCCUGCUUUCCUGGGAGCUCGGUAACUGGGAGCUGUAACCAAAAGGAGGCUGUAUUUCUCUGUCUGCUUGUGUCCAGGAAGGAGGCAGUGAGGUUCCCUUCUUGCUCUUUAAGUGGCGUGUGUUGGUGGUUACUUAGAGCUGAGCUUUAUUCUGCACCGUCAGGUGAUGAGUUGAUGAUUGGACUAGAUGAUCUUAGUGGUCUUUGCCCACCUUAAUGACUUUAUGAACUGGGUGGGGAUUGAAUUAGAAGGACACCAUCAGGCAGCGUGGGUGUAACAUGGAGGGCCUGGCACUGGUCAUGCUUUGCUGAUGGGAAUUCAGCUGGAAGCACAUUUAGAUGCGCUAAAGGUCCAGUCCAGAUUCACUGGACCUCAGCCCACUGAUGCUUCUCCAUCAGGGCUGAACCCCUGGCCAAGAUUUUUGGUUUUCAUAGUGGCAGCAGUGAGAGGCCUCAUUCUGUAUGCCAGACUUGUUCUUUCUGGUGUUCCCAUCCUGUAAGCAGCAAACAUGUCUUAUCCUGAGCUUCCCUCUCGUCUCUCCUGCAGUCCAGCUGUGCUCUGCAGUUUUGUUUGCAUGGAUGGCAUCAUCCUCUCCAACACAAAAGCGUCUUCUUCCCUGCUUUCUUUUUUUUUUUGUAUGCAGGCUCCCAGAACAGCAAGCUGAGAGCCCUUGGGGCUGGCAGACAGCACUGUAUCCAUGGUAAAUACAAAUUGGCUGUGUUCCACACAGUGCUUUGGCAUUGUUGAGUCCUGCUUUACCCUGCCUGCACCCAUAUCCAUCGGGUUCCCAGCUUUGAGAGAGAUGGGACAUGGUAAUAAUAUGCAGGAGAUGCUGUGGGAACAGCUGGCGCCUCUCUAAACCAGCCUCCAAGUAGCUGCAUCAGCAGCACUGAGGUAGUUAUGGGACAGGAGCGGAAUGGUCUUGGGUCCAAAUAAGCCACAUGUGCCUCUAAGCUUGCUUCCUCACCUGUAAAAACGCAGAGGGGUUAUUGUUUCCAUGGGAGCUUCCCUUCUUGGCUGCGCAGCACCUUGAGAUCUCCCCCAAAAGGGGCCUGGGCUGUAGCGUCUGAGGAAACAUGAGUGGCUUAUGGUAGAUCAGGGAGAUGAGGGGAGGGAAAUGGUUGUUUCCAGCUCUGCCUACGUGAGAGGUGAAGGAUGAGAGCCAGGAGAAUCUGUGCGGAUGGAGAAAAAGAAUGACCAAUGCAAUAUCAGAUAUGGCAUUUUUUGAGAGCUUAGGUACUGUGUUUGCUCUGCUCUUCGUUGUAGCUGUCCGGAUCAUAUCUUCUGCUGGUGCUCCUUGUGCUGGUUGAUUUUAGGAACAGAGAAGGAGAGGGAAAGCGACAGGCACCAGCUUCUGGGUUACCUUGUCCUGUUGGGCAGGGAUGCCAAGGAACUAAUCUGGACUGGGAAAUGUUGGAACGUGUUUUUAUUUUUAAUACAAAUCUGCAUCUCUAGUGUGACUCAAGCGUUCGCUGCGCUGUGAUUUCUCAUACAGUAACUUGUUUUAGGUUCCAGAGUGGGUCAUGGUGCCCUCUCCCCAUCUCUGCAUGAGGAGCUGAGCUGCUCAGUGGGGCCGAGAUGGGGAGAGGGCAAGCAUGCGUGAGGGGUGGGAGGCCUACAGUCACGGCUGUUGCAUUGAGUAUCUCUUUUUGUUUCCCCUGAUAUGAUAACCUGGUCUGUGGUGUUGCAGUACUUUGUCACCAGACUUGUUUUAGUGUGUAUAUAUGUGACCCCUCCCAUAAAGCAUAUAUACACAGGUAUUAAAUAUAUCGCUCUAUAUAAUAUUAUAUGUGUGUGGUAUCAAAGGAAUCUUUCUAAUGAGGGUAAAGGAAAAAAAGGACUCGGGCCAGGAAACGCAGCAUCUCCAUUUAAAAUAUGAAGACUUUUAUUUGGGUUAGGGAAAGGGAAAUAACAGAGCGAAGGGUUUUGUGUAGGUAGGUAUAAAUUCUGAGAUGGGGCAGGUUUACCUGUUCGUGCUUUUAAAACCCCCUAGGAUGGUCCUUACAGUCCCAUCUCAGUGAAAGGGUAUUAUACUGCUAACUGGGGAGUGAAGCUUUCACAAUAAGGCUUAGCUUAUAUUAUCUCAAGGGACAUUGUAAAAGGCAGGAAGCCUCACACUUGGCUUCCCGGCCUCACUUCAUCGAAUCAAGAGGUUUUUCUUCAGCACGUGAUGUACUUUCAGUAGAAAUGCUUGGUGCUCUCAGCACCUCAGCAGUUAACCCAGCAGUUAAGGUAGUUAACUGCUGUGGUAGUUAAGGUAGAUCCACUUGUUAAAUGCUGAAGGACUUGGUGAAAAUCUCUUCCCAAAUCCUUUGGUAAAGGUCAAGGUUUAAGUGCUGCUGGUGCGAACCCAGCCUUUACAGGGGGAAGGAAAAACAAACUAAAUACCCUACUUCGCCUGUAUGAAACUGUAUGUCAAAACCAAAUGGGUUUUAGCAAGUGAAAGGAAAAGACAGCGAGGGGAUGCUGCAGUUCUGAGCUGGGUAGUAAUGACUUCGAGUCCUUUAAUAUGUCUUUGUAUUAAUAUAAUUUAAGAAUACCACGCUUUACUAUUAAAAAAGAACUUAGUAUCUUUCAUAAGGUCUAGUAUCAGGAUAAUAAUGUAGAUGUUUUAACAACAUUUUUGUUUUUGUUCUUAAAACAACAACAACAAACUUGCUUCUUUUAGCCUUUGUAAUAGAAAAUAAAAGUGUGCACUUUAAACCCUCUUCUGA